GAAAUGUCAUUUGUCAAUCACAGUGCGAGCGCAACGGUUGUCCGAGAGAGAGCUGCCAGCCGCUGUUAAUGCCCAACGCUGCUAACACGGCUAACACUGCUAAACAGUUAACACUCAGUCGACUCACGAUUUGAGGAAGUACGAUUGCCAGAUUACCCGAAUACCCGAUUACCAGGUUGUGCAAAUUGGGCAAACCCCCGGAAUCCGAAUCCGAGUCCGAAUCUGAAUCUGAAACCGAAUCCCAAGCCGCUAAAUGCCAGCAGUCGUCGUUCGAAAAUAGCCGUUAAAAGAAAAACCCAGCAGUCCCGUCUGCGGAGUCUCAGUGUGUCUCAGUGUGCCAAAAGUGAAGUGCUAAACAACCAAAACCAAAAAUCGAAAAGAGAAACAGCAGAUUACACACAGAAUUAAAAGCAAACACAAAUAUCAAUAAUGGAUAACCACAACGAAGUGCCAAUGUCCAUGUCCGCGCCCUGGGCCAGCGCCGCCCGUGUCACCUGCCUUUCCCUAGAUGCCAAAUGCCACAGACCAUGUCCCAGCUCGAUCUCUGCCUCCGCCUCAGCCUCGGGUUGCGCCUCUGACUCUGCCGCCAUCGCCACCACAAAGUUGCGCCACAUUGCGUAUACGCAGCGUUGCAGCAGCAGGUUGACCAUGCUGAUGACCGUGCUGCUGCUGCUGCUGCCGCUGAGCUUUACGCCGGCGCACAGCUGCGGCCCCGGCCGGGGUCUGGGACGUCGCCGGGAGCGCAACCUCUAUCCGCUGGUGCUCAAGCAAACCAUACCAAAUUUAUCCGAAUACCAGAGCGGUGCCUCCGGGCCGCUCGAGGGCGAAAUCAAACGCGAUUCACCAAAAUUCAAGGAUCUUGUACCAAACUACAAUCGGGAUAUUCUAUUCCGGGACGAGGAGGGCACCGGCGCCGAUCGCCUGAUGACAAAGCGCUGCAAGGAAAAGCUGAAUGUGUUGGCCUACUCCGUGAUGAACGAGUGGCCCGGCGUCCGCCUGCUGGUCACCGAGAGCUGGGACGAGGACCACCAGCAUGGCCAGGAGUCGCUGCACUACGAGGGCCGUGCCGUCACCAUCGCCACCUCCGACCGGGAACCCUCCAGAUACGGGAUGCUGGCCCGCCUGGCCGUCGAGGCCGGCUUCGAUUGGGUCUCCUAUGUCAGUCGACGUCACAUCUACUGCUCCGUCAAAUCAGACUCCUCGAUCAGCUCUCAUGUGCACGGAUGCUUCACGCCCGAGAGCACUGCGCUGCUGGAGAGUGGCAUUACGAAACCGCUCAGCGAGAUCGCCAUCGGAGACCGCGUCCUGAGCAUGGGCUCCAACGGGCAGCCCGUCUACAGCGAGGUCAUCCUCUUCAUGGACCGCAACCUGGAGCAGAUGCAGAACUUCGUGGAGCUGCACACGGACGGCGGUGCCGUCCUGACCGUGACCCCCGCCCACCUGAUCAGCGUGUGGCACCCGGAGCGCCAGCAGCUGGACUACGUCUUUGCCGAUCGCGUGGAGGAGCUCAACUAUGUGCUUGUCCGGGAUCCGCAAACGGGCGAGCUGCGUCCCCAGCGGGUCGUUCGUGUGGGCAGUGUCCGGAGCAAGGGCGUGGUGGCCCCACUGACGCGCGAAGGCACCAUUGUGGUGAACUCGGUGGCCGCCUCCUGCUACGCGGUGAUCGACAGCCAAUCGCUGGCGCACUGGGGCCUGGCGCCCAUGCGCAUCCUCGCCAUGCUCCAGUCGUGGAUGCCCGCCAAGGACCAGCUGCGCAGCUCACAGACGGAGGGCGUCGUGUCGCGGGCCGAGCAGCAGAACGGCAUCCACUGGUAUGCCAAUGCCCUUUACAAGGUGAAGGAUUACGUGCUGCCGAAGAGCUGGCGUCACGACUAACGCCAGAGAGAAUCCCAGAGCGAAUGAUGCCGCUGCGAUGCGGAAGCGAUAAUUGUAUUAUAUUUUGUAGUUAUGUAUAUGCCUAAUGAUUAAUGUAUUUCAAUGUUGAAUAUGAUUAUUAACGAUCGAUACUAUUUAUUAACCACACAUACACACACACACAUAUCCACACA